AUGCCUAUGAGUAAGAAUAAGCUGAUUUUACUCCUUGGAAUGAUCUGUUUGGAACAAGAUAAAUCUGCAACUAUUUCUCUUUCCAAAGCUCCCACUUGUGGGCAGAGUUUGGUAAAGACACAGCCUUGGAAUUACCUUAACAUUUUCAGUCGCAUUGUUGGGGGAAGCCAAGUAGUAAAGGGCUCUUACCCAUGGCAGGUGUCUCUGAAACGAAGGCAGAAGCAUAUCUGUGGAGGAACCAUCAUAUCCCCACAGUGGGUGGUUACAGCUGCUCACUGUGUUGCAAACAGAAACAGUGCAUCAGCUUUGAACAUUACUGCUGGAAAACACGACUUGAGCCAUACAGAGCCAGGAGAGCAAACCCUCACCAUUGAAAGCAUCAUCAUACACCCAUAUUUCUCCACCAAGAAACCAAUGGACUAUGAUAUUGCUCUUCUGAAGAUGGCUGGCACCUUCCAUUUUGGCCAGUUUGUGGGACCCAUGUGUCUUCCGGAGCCAGGAGAAUGGUUUAAGCCUGGACUGAUUUGUACAACUGCAGGCUGGGGACGCCUGACUGAAGAUGGCAUCCUCUCACAAGUCUUGCAGGAAGUGAACCUGCCCAUUCUAACCCAGGAGGAGUGUGCAGCAGCUCUGUUAACCCUAAAGAAACCCAUCAGUGGGCGGACCUUUCUCUGCACAGGCUUCGCAGAUGGAGGGAGAGAUGCAUGUCAGGGAGAUUCAGGAGGUGCCCUCAUGUGUCGGAACAAGAAAGGAACUUGGACUCUCGCUGGUGUGACUUCUUGGGGUCUGGGCUGUGGUCGAGGCUGGAGAAACAAUGAGCAGAGAGAUGAUCAAGGAUCCCCUGGGAUCUUCACAGACCUUAGCAAAGUGCUUCCCUGGAUCCAAAAACACAUCCAAAUUGGGAAGUGGAGAAAGAGCUCCAGAGCCUCAUGCAGUGAGGAGAAUCAUGUGGUCAGUGAGUCUGAGGGGGAGCUGCACUUCCCAGAAAGCCCCUACCUGUAUUAUGAUGGCAAGCAACUGUGUGUCUGGACCCUGUUGGUACCAGAGGAAAUGCAUGUGUUACUCAGUUUUUCCCACUUGGAUGCAGAGUCUUGUCACCACAAUUACCUCUCAAUAUAUUCUUCAGAAGACAGACUUACUGGGAAGUUCUGUGGAGAAAGGCUUGCUUCCUCAGUUCUUGUUGCCUCCAACUCUUUAAGACUGAAGUUCUUCACUGAUGCCACAGAUUAUUCCACCGGGUUUAAUCUCACCUACAAAGCUCUUAAACCCAGCUACCUCCCUGAUUCAGGUUGCAGUUCCUUAACUGUCCUUUUUGAAGAAGGUCUCAUACAGAGUCUCCAUUACCCUGAAAACUACAAUGACAUGGCCAACUGUAACUGGGUUUUUCAAGCCCCCAAACAUUAUCUAAUUAAGCUUUCCUUUCAGAGCCUGGAAAUAGAGGAGAAUGGAGACUGCACUUCCGACUAUGUGACAGUGCACCAGGAUGUAGAAAGGAAGAAGGAAAUAGCUCGGUUGUGUGGCUUUGUUGCCCCAGCCCCCGUGCUGAGCUCCUCUGGUGUAAUGCUCAUCAGCUUCCAGUCGGAUGAAAAUGUGACCUUCAGAGGCUUUCGGGCUACAGUUGCCUUCAUUCCUGAAACAGUGUCACCUCCAUUAAACAUCUCCAGAUCAGAGGAUGAGUCAAUGUUUCUGGAGACAUGA